AUGGCCACCGAAGAGGAUCUCAUCGACUACUCCGACGAGGAGCUGCAGACCACCGAAGCCGCAAAUGCUGCUGCGCCUGCUGCUGCCGACGCGGCCAAUGGUGGUGCUGCCACCAAGAAGGGCGACCUGACUGUGAGCGGCGGCCGUCCCGACAAGAAGGGCAGUUAUGUCGGUAUUCACUCGACCGGUUUCCGCGAUUUCUUGCUCAAGACCGAGCUUCUACGUGCUAUUACCGAUUGCGGAUUCGAGCAUCCAUCGGAGGUUCAACAAAUCUGCAUUCCCCAGGGUUUGCUUCACAGCGAUCUUCUCUGCCAAGCCAAGUCUGGUUUGGGUAAGACGGCAGUGUUUGUCUUGACGACACUCCACUCUCUCGACCCGGUUGAGGGCGAGGUUCAGGCUUUGGUCAUGUGCCACACUCGUGAGUUGGCUUAUCAGAUCAAGAACGAGUAUGCUCGUUUCAGCAAAUACCUUCCGCAAGUUAAGACGGCCGUGUUCUACGGAGGCACACCGAUGCAAAAGGAUAUCGACCUUCUCAGCAACAAGGAGACGCGCCCUAACAUUGUUGUCGGAACGCCUGGACGCCUCAACGCCCUUGUGCGUGAGAAGAAGCUGUCGCUGCGCAACGUCAAGGCGUUUGUCCUCGACGAAUGUGACAAGAUGCUCGAUCAAAUUGACAUGCGUCGUGAUGUGCAGGAGAUCUUCCGCAACACUCCGUCGGAGAAGCAGGUCAUGAUGUUUAGCGCCACUCUUUCCCAAGAAGUGCGACCGAUCUGCAAGAAGUUCAUGCGCAACCCGCUUGAAGUGUACGUUGAUGAGGGUACCAAGCUCACUCUGCACGGUCUGCAGCAGUACUACAUCAAGCUCAGCGAGCAGGAGAAGAACAGGAAGCUGAGUGAUCUGCUCGAUAACCUGGAGUUCAACCAAGUCAUCAUCUUCGUCAAGAGCACGACUCGUGCCAAUGAGCUUGACAAGCUGUUGCGUGAAUGCAACUUCCCCAGUAUUGCUGUACACUCUGGUGUCAGCCAGGAGGAACGUAUCAAACGCUACAAGGAGUUCAAAGAGUUCAACAAGCGAAUCUGUGUGGCCACCGACGUGUUUGGACGUGGUAUCGAUGUUGAGCGGAUCAACCUGGCGAUCAACUACGACUUGCCCGGCGACGCCGACUCGUACCUGCACCGUGUUGGCCGUGCUGGCCGAUUCGGUACCAAGGGUCUUUCGAUCUCGUUUGUCAGCAACGAGGACGACGAGAACGUGCUCAAGGAGAUUGAGAAGCGCUUCGAAGUCGCUCUUCCGGAAUACCCUGCCGAAGGUGUCGAUGCCAGCACUUACAUGGCUUAA